UCCGUUAGCAAAGUGGGACGCACUGACUUUCAUGGCGCGGAAGCGUCAGACAAAAAGUGAUAAACUAUGCGGGACAUUUCUCUGUGACUGAGCAGAAUAUUUUGGCUUCACAGAGAUAAGAAGUUCGGCGCCUAUAAGCUCAUGUCUGACCGUGAACGCAGCUAUAAUAUCCUCCACCUGCGCUGAGUUUUGCUCUCGGUGUAUGCGGGGCUUAACUUUAGGAAGAAGGCAGAUACACGGAUGUUUGGGCACUUUGGCACAAGACGGGACAUCGCGUGCGCCAGGCGUCGGGCACAGAAGUUAAGAAGUGGCUCUCAUUUACGGUUAGAGAAGAGAAACAAUGAAAGCUUGAGGCAGCUGGAUGGAAAGUUAGUUUUGUUAGUUUGUUAAAAGGUGAAAGAAGCAUUUACUAAGUUUUUUUUAAAGCGUGUAGCAGUUUGCUGACACCAUGAGUGGACCGGUGCUUUUCCAGAUGUGGAUGGUUUUAUUGUUGGGAACUACAAACUGGGUCGGAAGGGCUCAGCUCUCCGCCGCCAAAAUGAUGAGGGGCAACAUCAGGAGAAACGACUUGUACUGCAAAGAGGAAAACAUCACAGUAACACCAGUGGGUGGAGUCAUCCACAGCCCACGCUACCCCAACGCUUACCCUCGCAACGUGCUGUUGUCAUGGAAACUGCUGUCACCACCACGGAGCCGCAUUCACCUGGAGUUUGACGGACACUUCGGCCUGGAGGAGACUGAGAAUGGAGUGUGCAGGUACGACUUUGUUGAAGUGGAAGACCAAUCAGAGACCAGCACUAUAAUUUGGGGCCGCUGGUGCGGGCAAAAAGCUCCGCCUAGUCUCAACUCCAAAUCUAACAUGCUCAGAGUCACCUUCAAGUCUGAUGAUUACUUCGUAGCAAAGCCGGGAUUCAAAGUCUACUACUCUCUGCUGUUUGACUCUCCUCUACCUGCAUCUAACACCAACUGGGAGGCCGUCACUCUGCCCAUGCUGGGCACUGGUGGACGGCAUGUUUCAACGGCGGUCACACAGGUUCCUUUCUCUCUCGAGGACUUGGACUGGACCAUAGCUGCUUUUGACACUGUAGAGCAGCUUUUCAGAUCCCUGAGCCCAGACACCUGGAGACAGGAUCUGGACAGCAUCUACACUCACACACACAUACAUUACAGAUCCAGAGCCUACCAUCUGGCAAGCAGACACAACAAAGUUGACCUGAACCGUCUCUAUGAUGAUGUCAAGCGGUACAGCUGUACCCCGCGCAACUACUCUGUAAACCUGCGGGAGGAGCUGAGAACCACCAAUGCCGUUUUCUUCCCUCGAUGUCUGCUGGUGAAACGCUGUGGAGGCAACUGUGGCUGUGGAACCAACAACUGGAACAACGGUUGCUCCUGUCAGGCCUCCAAGACGACACUCAAACUUCACGAGGUGCUGAAGUACGCCCCAGAUAUCACUCUGCAUCAGCGCCAUCAGAGGCCACGAUUACGCUGGGUUUUGGAUGAGAUCUUUCUCACACACCAUGAAACAUGUGAGUGCACAUGUCCCUCCCAGUCCCCUCGCUGAGACACUCAAACUGGCACAUGCAUCUGGAACUGCUGGACGAGUUCUUCUUCAUCUAUAUUGCAACAGACUUCACAGAAUAACAGCAACGCAAACGCAUGCAGCAGAGAAGAAAGCAGCAAUUUGACUGACAGGCCACAGCUUGACUCAUACACAAUGAUUAGGUAUUUGCUCUUGCAAGUAAACCACCUACAUUCCUCUGUACUCAGGAGGCCAAAUUUGUAAAUGCACAAAUGUUUCCAACCAAACCAAACUUAUCUGCAUCUUGGAGUUUCAAUCUUUACCAUUGAGAUCACAUUUAAAAUUCACUUGUGCACCAGGAAGCGUGCACUUCCUGGUACAGGAAACACUUCUGUGUUUUUUCUCCAAAAAGUAAAUAUUGAAAGAAUACAACAUUACAAAUAAUACCAUGUGAACACAAGUACUGCACUAAACUUCCAUUUACUGUUUGAUUAAGAGUUUGCUGGAUUUACUGAAAUGAAAUAACUCCAACUGCAAUAUAAAGCCCUUCUUAUUCCCAUUUCAUGUGCAUGUCUUGCUGUCCUUUGUGUUAUAUAAAGACUGUUUCUAGAAACCUCAGGCCGCCCUUCUGCAAGGAGCACACCGAGAUGAGUGAGCAUGAGACAGAAGAAGGGAAGGGGGGGGUGUUAAAGGAAAUGUAAACCAAAAUAACAUUUUAUCUUGAAGUUAUAUUAGGCUAACCACAACCCUCCAGAUCUGAAUUACACACAAACACACACUCACUCUAGGCUGCCACUCCUACUUAGACAAAAACUGUAGUUCUUUAUACUGGGCUCUUCGCUGCUCUGUGCAUCAGUGAAGGGCUUCUUUGUUCUGCAUACAUUCCUGUCUGCAUAUAUUCACACUUCGCUGCGUCUCUAUCUCGAUCCAUAUGCUUCCUGUUGCAUUUCUCUCACUCACUGACACUUUCUCUCUCCCUUCAUCACUCAAGUCAAAUCACGUUUUAUUUAUAUAGCCCAGCAUCACAAAUUUGCCUCAAGGGUCUUUACAAUCUGUACAGCAUAUGACACGCAUCAAAGGAGAUGUCAGAUCAGGCAGCUGUGCGCUGCCCAUUUUUCGGAGCAUUCCUGGCAUUCCAACUGCAAACCGGAAUUCUGUUAACACGGAUAAAGCCAUGAUCUUCAGACCCUAAACACAUAAGAGGAAAGAGAGACACUCAGGAAGAGAGGCAGAGAGGAAAUUUUGCAAGAGACCCAGUUGACAGAAAAGGGACAACGAAGCCGUCUGUAGAAUACCAGCACUCCUGGAUGAGCGCUGAGAGAGGAGCCACUCAAUAGAACAGGAAAAGAGGCCACCGCUCCUUCAGCAGUUUCAAUGAGCCUGUGCUGAUUUUUUGCUCAUAUUUAACACAGUCUGACCCUCUGCUCUGCAUGGCUGCAGCAGCACAGUGCAAAGGAAGUCUCUAGGAAUUAAAGUAAUGCUCUUGGACUCCACUGAAAAUACAACUGAUACCUGAGGGGGUGUGUGUGUGUGUGUGUGUGUGUGUGUGUGCGUGCGUGCCAGACAGCCUGCAAUAGCUCUGGAAGAAAUCCUUUUGUUUAAGGGGUGGAGGGUUACUAAACCUAGGAGAGCUAGCAGCAGAUACAAGCAUAUGAAUGUAGAAGUGACUGUGUGUGCCAGUAUCUAGAAUGUCAAGGCAGCAGAGCAAGAAUUCAAACACAAUUUCAACACAAUGACCCAGCUGUAAGAAAUAAAUCGCUGUCAUCGGUCUUCUCAUUGCCACCUCCCAUGUGUCUCCCAUCGUCACAUGUUCGCUUACAGGCUGGAUUCACACUGAAAAAAAAGUCAAUUUUAAACAAAUUCUCUUCUAAAGAGAUAGAACAGAAUGGCAUAGGACACAGACAACAUCCUCAGUCACACUGAAACAUGUUCAGCCAUGUGCCGGAUGCUUUUAUGUUCACGUUUAGUGUGAGUCAUGGGUGGCAUUUGGCAGGAGUCGGGUAUAAAACCCUUAAAUAUAUGAAGCGUGUGUUAGAUCGUGCGGUCGUCACAUUCCCAAGUAAUUUACCCCAGACACCAUUCUCAUACCAUAUGCAAUGUUGAUGUGAGCUUUGAUUUUUUUUCUGUAUGUUCCAUUUUGAAACAUCCUUUCACAGGUGAAUUACCCUGUUGUAUUUUCAGUCACAAAAGAUGCAGAUGACGAUUUGUGGCUAAACGUAUAGUUAAGAGACAUUACUCUUUUCUCAUAAUUGCUGUUUCCUCUUCACUUUCUUUACAGUAGAACCACAUGCUGGCAUCAGACAUUUCAAAAUGUAAUUAUUUGGAUUUGCUGUUGUUUAUUCAUGUCAACAAAUAAAAACUUUUUUUUGUAAUGGCUAUAAAAAAUAAAAAUAAAAAUAAAAAAUUGUCCACAGCUUCCAUUUUCCUUCUGAGGAUUCUCGGGAUUUUACAGUCAUGUUUUCACCUCAGAGAAAAGCUGCUGAUAUUGGCUUUAGAAAAAAAACAAACAAAACAAUUCAACCUUACUUUUGCUGUAUUCAGAAAAAGAUAUAUUCAUGACAAAACUGUAUGCUUUCCUUAAAUAAUUUAUUGUUUCCUCUAUUGUUUUAUUAAAAAUAUUGCCUGGUUUGAUAAAUAAAGUAUUUCUUUACUGCAUUACUGCCUCCAGUGGUUUCAUAUAUUCAUAUCAGAUAUAUAACAGAACAGUGUUUUUAUAAUACAGAUCAGCUUGUUUGAUCACAUAGAAUGAAUAGUAGCGGAUAAUGGGUUUUAGCAAUCACUUCCAACUGGCAAGCAAAAUGCAGGGAGAACCUGGGAGAGAAGUAACCAAGUAUAUGAGAAGCCAAAAAGAAAUAUUGGUUUAAAUACAGAACACUAAAGUUAUUUUGUCCUUUAGAGCAUUUUGUCCAUGUUCCUGGUUUUCUGUUUGGGAGCUGGGUUGUUUUUUCCCCCUUAACCAGUAUCAGCAGUGAGUGACUCAUAUGUCCAAUCUGACAUCAUUUUCGGUUAACACAGAGCUGCAUUAACAGUUUCAUCCACCCUUGUUGCCAAAUUUGUGGUCAUUUUUCUGACACAAGUAGAUUAUACCUAACACUGCCAGUAGUGAUGCAGCUGUUUUUUUUAAAUCACAUCAUAUGGGAUGACUGAUGAAGAUGGGCCAGAUUUUUUAUUUUUUUUUGCAUCCAUUGUCAUCAAUCAGUGGCCUGGUGUUCAAGUGACUCAUGGCGGUCUGCAACCUUGGACACAACCUUAGAAUAGGCUAGCGUGACACUCCAUAUGAACAAUACAGCGUUCCACGCAUGCUUCAGUGAAACGCCUCUCUGCUGUCUUUAUGCUGGUUGGUUGCACAGUUUGUUGUGAGACAUGAGAAAAUUGAGUCUUUAUGAUGCAUCACAUGGUUUAAAAGAUGAUUAUCAUCAAAAUUUAUAGACAAGAGGGUCACAAAUGAAAAUAUUAAUAUGUGGGCCUUUUCAUUCAAGUCCUUUUUUUAUAUCCUCUGAGGCUGUUUUCAUCCCAGGGAUUACUGUGGCAACCCUUCCUGUCCAUCCAUCCAUCACUGACUACUUUUUGAAUUAUUCAGAGAAAGUAUUUCAACAAAGCAAAAUACCCUUCUCUCUGUUCACACAGAGACUGAUUAAGAAAUAUAAAGUAAAA